CGGCGUCUGGCACCGGAGUGACCACACAGGCUGUCAAUGCAGUCCCGCUCCAACCUCCUCAUCCGCGCUGAAGACUCGGGAAUAGCCGAAAAACGAACAAAAAAAUAUCGUAAAAAAAAUAAAAUAAAACAUUAAUCAAAAGUUGAGCAGCAGAAGGAUUAUUCAAAACCUGGACGGAAUACUUUUUUGUACUUUUUUAUUUGUUUUUCCUAAAACCUUUCCUAACAUGAGGACUUUACGCACGGUGCUCCUGCUAGUUUACGCGUUGGCUGUUUGCAAGGUUACCAGCGGUGCAGCUGUUGACCGGCGUGAGAACGACAGGCAGCAGGACACAACUGUCAUAAACCUGGACACAACCAGGGACAGGAGGGAGGAGGUGGAGAACUGGGUCCUGAGUGCCACAACAGCAGGAAACCAGGAAGAGGAAUAUGACGAUGAAGCCUACUUUGAUUAUCUGGAAGAAGAUGACGAUUCUGGAGACUAUGAAAUGGACUUGCCAAGAGUUGCAAUGUCAAGCAAACCCAAGGAUCCGUCUUCCAUCCUGGAAGCUGAAAGAACCGAGCGCAAGACAUGGAAAGGAAAGGGAAAGAAGAAGGGCAAAGGUUUGGGAAGGAAGAGGAAUCCCUGCCUGAAGAAAUACAAGGAUUUCUGCAUUCACGGCACCUGCCAGUACCUGAGGGACCUCCGCGCCCCUUCCUGUGUAUGUCACCCAAGUUAUUCUGGGGAAAGAUGUCAGUUUAUCACGCUGCCUGUUAAGGUGCCCACGGGGUACAACAGGACUACAGCGUUAGCCGUGGUGGCGGUAGUUCUGUCCUCCCUCUGCCUUUUAAUCAUCGGUCUUUUAUUAAUGCUCAGGUUUCACAAGCGGGGCGCGUAUGAUAUAGAGAGUGAGGAGAAGGUCAAAUUGGGGUUGACGCCUAAUCACUGAAGAGAAAGGCAAAAGUGAAGAACUCUACCUCAAAAAAGAAAUGAACUGCAACAGGAGGUCCCCCGGAGGAAACAGGAAAGUCUGUAACAAAAGGGGCAGAAGACGUCUGCCGGACGCUCUGCAAGACAGAUGGAAGAGAUGGGCGGCUGCAAGUAUUCCCAAUGGGCUCAGAAGAAGACCGGCCUGUCCGGAACUGGAAUACAAGAAAGGCCCUGGAGAAGGACUACAGGUGUUUCAGCAUGAAGAAUAAAAAAAAAAAAAAAAAAAAAAAAAGAGGAAUCCCGGUUAGACUAUCUGCUGCCUCCUGGCUGUGUGAACAGAGGAGAAACAAACCUUUUUAAAUGGAACUGAAGUUUUUAACAGCCGGAUUGACUGAACAUUUUUUAAUUCAGACAUUUGUUUUGGAGCAAGGUCCGUUUUUUUUCUGUGUGUACAUUAAAAAAUUAUAUUUAUAUUUUUAAUUUAUUUAUUUAAGCUAACUGUAUUUAUGGUGAAUUUUUUUUAACCACCUUUAGCUGUUUUUCAAUUGUUACUGUUACGUUUCAUUUUAUAUUGGACGAUAUUUAUUUAGGAGAAAAAGGAGAAAUGCCACCUUGAACUACUCUGUAGUCUAAUUUAUGCAAUCUGUAAAUUUGUCAAAAAGCCUGUUAUCAGAAAGCGCUGGGAUGAAAAACAAUAUUUAAAUUAUAAGAAAUUGGUUUUUCAAGAAGUUGUCAUUCUAAUCUGUAAAAAAUUGGGAAAAAUGCCAGAAAGCCAACCAGAUAGACUCGGUUGUGCUUGGCAACCAGUACAAUCACUAGUUUUGUGUUCAAGUUAAAAUUUGGGUUGUACACGAGAGAGGGCUGAGCCCUGCUACAUCGCUUUCACUCCUUCUUCCUGAAGGCUCUAUGUGCUCAAAGGCGCUAAACUGAUCAUCAUACUAUCCUGCAACGAAGAGCUUGGUGCUGAUAGUAGGAAAUGCAAAGACUCAAACUCAUCUCUGUUUCUGUGCAUCUUUUUUUAAAAAAAGUAAAGUUUUACAUUUUCUAGCAAGAACUGAAAGCAUACAUGUUGAAUUGCCAUGUCUUACAUAAUGAGAAAUGUUGAGCUGUCUUGAACGAAAAUGUGAAAUUAAGUUUGUGCUUCAGAUCUGCUGUUUUGGAGUGAUCCUUUUGGUGAUUUUUUUUUCCCCAAAGCAAAAAAUAAAUAGAGAUGAUCUAUA